UUCCCAAGCAGCGCAGACAGCCGGGGGGAAGCACAGGGAGGGAGUCACGGGCAGGACUACUACUCCUGAGGAUCCAGGAAAGUGUGUGUGAGGAGGAGGAUGAGGAGAGUGCGCCGUGUGAGGAGUGAGCGCGCUGCCUCCGUCUGCUGCUAGGUGCGGGCUCUGCAUGGCAAGGAUUCGCCCUCUUCCCCUUCUGGUCAAGGCGGCUUCUUCCUGAUCUGGACCUAUAUAAAGGUGGAUGUGAGGGAAGCGUCUGCUGUCAGCGCUGCGGCACACACCCUGGACGUGCACAAGAUUGCUAGGCGUUUGGAAGUUUGCCACAUUUAGCCAUUAUCAUGUUGGGAACAAGGAAAAUAUCGAUCUUCUCUCCUGGAUUUUAUCUACUUGUUAUUGUGCCUCUGUUGUGCCAUGUGGGAACUAUUUAUGGUCAAACCACCCCUUCUCCUGACAAUGACACUCAAGAUCCUUGCACUGGUACCUAUUAUUGUAAAGAAGGGGUCAUUUUACCUAUCUGGGAGCCACAGAACCCAUCCUAUGGUGAUAAAAUUGCAAGAGCUACGGUCUAUUUUGUGGCUAUGGUCUACAUGUUCCUAGGUGUAUCGAUCAUAGCUGAUCGUUUCAUGUCCUCCAUUGAAGUAAUCACAUCUCAAGAGAAAGAGAUAACUAUCAAGAAACCAAAUGGUGAAACUACAAAGACAACAGUGAGGAUAUGGAAUGAGACUGUGUCCAACUUGACCCUUAUGGCUCUUGGUUCGUCUGCUCCUGAAAUUCUUCUUUCUGUGAUUGAAGUAUGCGGCCACAACUUUCAGGCUGGAGACCUUGGUCCCAGCACAAUUGUGGGCAGUGCUGCUUUCAAUAUGUUCAUCAUUAUUGCUCUUUGCGUCUAUGUGGUACCUGAUGGAGAAGUCAGGAGGAUUAAGCAUCUUCGAGUCUUCUUUGUCACCGCAGCGUGGAGCAUAUUUGCCUACACUUGGCUGUAUAUGAUCUUGUCUGUUUUUUCACCUGGUAUUGUAGAAGUCUGGGAAGGUUUACUCACUUUUUUCUUCUUUCCUAUCUGUGUUUUGUUUGCCUGGGUCGCAGACAGAAGGUUGCUGUUUUACAAAUAUGUCUAUAAAAGAUACCGGGCUGGAAAGCAGAGGGGAAUGAUCAUUGAAACAGAAGGAGAUAGACCAUCCUCCAAAGGCGAUAUUGAGAUGGAUGGUAAGGCUCUCAACUCUCACACAGAAAACUUUAUUGAUGGCUCUUUAAAUCUUCAAAUUGAUGAAAAGGACCAAGAUGAUGAGGAGGCAAGAAGAGAAAUGGCUCGGAUUUUGAAGGAACUGAAACAAAAACACCCUGAGAAAGAAAUGGAGCAGUUGAUUGAGCUGGCUAACUAUCAAGUUUUAAGCCAGCAGCAAAAAAGCAGAGCAUUUUACCGCAUCCAAGCUACGCGUUUGAUGACUGGUGCUGGCAAUAUUUUAAAAAGGCAUGCAGCAGAUCAAGCAAGGAAAGCUGUCAGUAUGCAUGAGGUUAAUAAUGACAUUAUAGAAAAUGAUCCAGUCAGCAAGAUUUACUUUGAGCAAGCAACUUACCAGUGCCUAGAGAACUGUGGAACAGUGGCACUAACAAUUGUUCGCCGGGGCGGUGAUUUAACCAACACAGUGUUCGUGGACUUCAGAACAGAAGAUGGCACAGCAAAUGCUGGAUCUGAUUAUGAAUUUACAGAAGGAAUGGUUGUGUUCAAGCCCGGUGAGACACAAAAAGAGAUUAAGGUUGGCAUUAUUGAUGACGACAUCUUUGAAGAAGAUGAAAACUUUCUGGUCCAUCUUAGCAACAUACGAGUUAACUCUGAAACCACAGACGUAAAUUUCGAGUCCAAUCACGUAACAUCACUUGCAUGUCUUGGAUCACCCUCAACAGCAACAGUUACCAUCUUUGAUGAUGAUCAUGCUGGUAUCUUUACCUUUGAGGAGCCAAAUACCCAUGUAAGCGAAAGUGUUGGCAUCAUGGAAGUGAAAGUUCUGAGAACCUCUGGAGCUCGAGGAACUGUAAUUGUUCCCUACAAAACUGUUGAGGGCACAGCAAGAGGUGGUGGCGAAGACUUUGAAGAUACAUGUGGACAACUGGAGUUCCAAAAUGAUGAGAUUGUCAAAACCAUAUCAGUGAAAAUAAUUGAUGAUGAGGAAUAUGAGAAAAACAAGACCUUCUUCCUUGAGAUUGGGGAGCCUCGUCUGAUGGAGAUGAGUGAGAAGAAAGCCCUGUUAUUGAAUGAGCUUGGUGACUUUACCAUUACAGGGAAAGUGCUGUUUGGUAAAGCGGUCUACAGGAGGGUUCAAUCUAGAGACCGUCCUAUGCCAUCGUCAGUAAUCACCUUUACAGAAGAAGAUGAGGUUAAACAGCCACUCACUAGUAAAGAAGAGGAGGAGCGACGUAUAGCUGAAAUGGGCCGACCUGUGCUAGGAGAACACACAAAACUUGAAAUAAUUAUUGAAGAAUCAUACGAGUUCAAGAGCACUGUGGACAAACUGAUUAAGAAGACAAAUCUUGCUCUGGUGGUCGGAACGAACAGCUGGAGAGAGCAGUUCAUUGAGGCCAUUACAGUCAGUGCUGGGGAUGAUGAUGAUGAUGACGAAUGUGGAGAAGAAAAACUGCCAUCUUGCUUCGACUAUGUGAUGCAUUUUCUGACUGUCUUCUGGAAAGUUCUGUUCGCCUUUGUCCCUCCAACGGAGUACUGGAAUGGUUGGGCCUGUUUUAUUGUGUCCAUUUCAAUGAUUGGUCUCCUCACAGCAUUCAUUGGAGAUUUAGCUUCGCAUUUUGGUUGUACUAUCGGCUUGAAGGAUUCUGUUACUGCAGUCGUUUUUGUGGCUCUGGGAACAUCGGUACCUGAUACUUUUGCAAGCAAAGUGGCAGCUAUCCAGGAUCAAUAUGCUGAUGCCUCCAUAGGUAAUGUCACCGGUAGCAACGCUGUGAAUGUUUUCCUGGGGAUUGGCGUGGCAUGGUCCAUUGCUGCCAUUUACCAUACAGCUCGUGGAGAGGUGUUUAGAGUCAAUCCUGGCACUCUGGCUUUCUCCGUCACUCUUUUCACCAUAUUUGCAUUCAUAAACGUUGGUGUCCUGCUCUACAGACGACGGCCUGAAAUUGGUGGUGAGCUGGGUGGGCCGCGGACUGCCAAGCUUCUUACAUCGGCCCUCUUUUCUCUCCUGUGGCUCUUGUACAUUUUCUUCUCAUCUCUGGAAGCCUACUGCCACAUACAAGGCUUCUAAAUAAACACUCCAAGAUAGUAAAUAUAUAAAUAUAUAUAAAUAUAUGUAGAAUGAACAGAGGAAAAAAAAGAGACAUUGCCAUUUCCACUUACCUGCUGAUGGAAUGCGAAUGUAAAAGCAUUCCUUUUAAUGGGUAGGAGCAAGAAUUUAAGGUUUCUUACCUGGGGGCAUCAUGUUGAACUAGGCAUUGAUGCAGGGACAUCUUUGCAACUGUACCUAAAACAGUGUACUAUACAUGUUUGACUACUUUUAUUUUUGAAAUGACUAAUCUGAAUGCUACUUGGGCCUUUUUGUUAUAAUGUAAAGAUGCCGGAAUUACUAGUAACUAUUUUUCUGUUGAUGUUAUUGGGGAGCGAGAGGGGUGAAAGUCUGGAAGAGAAACCUUUCUGAUAUUCCAAUAGCCAUUGUCAAAAGUUAAUUGAACCAAGUGGCAAAUGGAGAAGUAGUAUGCCAGCAAGAUGUUCAUGAGUUGAAAUUGAUUACUCUACAGUGUAUCUCAAGGGCAUUUGACUCUACCGUGCUCUGUUAGCUUCAUGUGUGGACCUGAAAUGGGUAAAUAAAUCCAACCAAACAAGAAGCCUUCUCCUCUCCAACUAACUGUUGCAUUGUAACUAGCAUGUGUUUCUCCCUGUUCUAAGUCACCAAACUACAACAAGUCUUUCCUGUUUGUGCUUUGCCUACAUAAAAUGACCAUAUUAGAAGCCCCUUUGCCGGUCUAGGCAAAUUGUCUGCUGUUGCUUAGACGACAUCCAGAGCCAUCCAUGCAAGAGUCUUCUGGGCACCUAUCCAACCAUAACCAUAGUCAUGUCUUGGAAUGUCUUUGUUCUUAUGUGUACUGUUGUGCAUGAAUGAAAAGUAUUUGUGUAUGCUAUAGCUUAGCGAUUUUCCCCAUUAACCAAUGUUGAUUGAAUGUGAAAGACAUGAAUGUGUUUGUUUUUUUUUCCUCUCGUUACAUGUUUGGGUUUUUUUGUACGUUUUUCGGUGGUUGUUUUGUGUAUUGAGUAAUAUAGACAACCUCUGUAAAUUCAGCAUAGUUCUGUACAAAGUACAGUAUGGCAGCAUACAACUAAUGAAGGAUGUGAAAGCCUCUCUAUUUGCAUUGCCCAUUGAAAGGUUUAGUAUGGGUCUCAUUCAGAUAUUUAAAUACCAAAAAUGUGCCUAGGAAAUUAUAGAAUUAUUUAAGGAAGUAUUUAUUAGAAUUUAUAUAUUUUACAAUAACUAAUAGAGGCUGUGGAUCGCUACUAGUGGAUUAUAUGCUAGACAUAUCACACAUUGCAUUAUUAUUAUAGCACAUUUUCCACAAUUAUUUUUGUUUUCAAAAAGCAGUGCCAUUGCCUUGUAGUUAAAACUGGAUUUUUUUUUUAAAGAAUUGCUAAAGGGAAUGAAUGGGUCCGAAGCCUUAAGUAGCCAUCAUAAGUAUGCUUUGGUCUCAGCUUUCUUAUUAGAAAUGUGUGGUUUUCAGUAUCAGAUUUGUAAUAUCUGAUUUUAUAUAUAUGUAUAUAUAUAUAUAUAUAUAUAUAUCAUGCAGCUUAGAUACAACACUUUUAACUAUUUUGAAGUCCAGUUUGAAAGUGCAGCGAAAGUAUGAUUUUGUUGCCAAAAAUUGCAUUAUCAGAUUACUAGCACAAUGUUGAUAAGUCUGCAUUGGAUGUAUACCAAGGGAAGGUUUGCCAUAGAUAUAUUAUUGCAAGAAGUCUGUUGAGUCCCUGCCGUGCACUGUAACAAGCCAAAAAAUUAGCAUUAUGAAUCUGACCUUGGAGUGCUCCUGCGGUCGAAAAACUACUAUGCUUUACACAUAGACCAUGCCAUGCUUACCAUAUGAUGUACUGGCGACUAACUGCACCAAUCUGGACCUCUUUACAAAAACAGUAUCAUUAGUAGAUGCUUUAUAUGCUUUCAUCCUCCAUAGCUUAGUCUGAUUGUCAACAGCUAUGUUUGACCUACAUUAAUUAAAUGAUUGAUACAAAUAACUGCAAAAAUACAUAGAAGUUAUAUUUAGUGGUGCUUCAAGCUACAAUAUCAAGUUAUAACUUGAGACCAUAAUUUUAUGAAAAACUAGUAACUGGUAUCCGAAGCCCCAGAAAUAUCUUCUCAAAUUAAAAGAAUAAUGUUGAUUAAAAGCUGAUGGAAGUUUAUAUAAUUACUUUCUUUAUUGAAACCAGGAGCUUCUUCAGGAUCCAUUACAGUAAUAAUAACUUGAGGCCAUUAUCACCUGUUGUCCUGGCAAAGGUGGAGAGAAAUACAGUACAUACUGAACACGUACAUGAAUGUACUGUACCUCAGAAAGUGGGUACUAGACAAUCAAUACAUGCAUUUUGGUAAUACAGAGCCACCUACUUGCACCUUAAAGUGAUGUGUGAAUUUACUGGCAUUCAACCAAUGAAAUACCGACUCUGUCUGAAUGGAUCUUCCAGCCAAUCAUAAACCCUGUAGAUUGAUAGUAUCUUUGACAUUGUAAUUUCAAUGUCAUUUUUUAGUUACAGUGGCCCAGAAAAGGUCAUAUUGUACCCUGAGGCCAUUGUACGGGCCUUUUGUACACGGGUCUAGGAUCGGGAUAGUUAUUGGGGAUGAACAGUCUUAUGAACGCUCAAUCACGAUAAUUUUCCUAUGUAAAGGUGCCGUCGAUCCCUCGAUGAAGGAGCUUACACUCAGGAGCUGGCAUCUUUCAUGCCAGACCUAAAAUCAUCGUAUAAACAGGAAUGUACUGCCAACAAGUAAUGAACCUGUAUGAGAAUAGAGAAACGAUCAUUCAUUCCCAUACAGAGGAGAUGAAUGAGCGGCACGAUUGGUUCUUUCCCAGGUGCUGCCCUAUCCAUCAGCCCAUGUAAAUAGGUCCUAAGAUUCAAAAUGAAUUGACUCCUUGGUAUGGUAAGACACUUCUGCCACCUUUCAUCCCACUACUAACAACAAAGUUACAAUUUCCUCUGAAAAGUUUGAACACUACGUCAAAUGCAGCUUUAUGUGUCAACAGCCUAUAGACCAUUCUGCAAGAUUUCUGUAGCAAAUGGUACCUGUGUAAAAUCCCAUUUCUUUAGCAAAACAAUUUGGAAUUCUGUCGGUGGCACAUUUUUACGCACAAUUUUUAGAACCAUGUAAUAAAUUAUUAAACGUUCUGUUUUUUAUUCAGCUGCAAAUAACUGCCUGAAAAUUCUACAAUCAUAGAGACUCAAGUAUGAUCACAAAUACGGACAGGAACUGGAGGUGUUGUCUACAGCAAACCUAUGUGAUGGUGGCAUUCAAUGUCAGACCUGCUUUGAAAAAAUAUUUGAUUGGUUCCCAUUGGAGACACCUUCAGUUCUUGCCUGCACUGAUACAUGAGGCCCACUCAGUGCCUCCUAGAAAGACAUCAUAUCCAAUACAUCAUGCUAUCGUUAGUAUACCACAUCAUUUGUAGUUUUGACACUUAAUGAUAAUUAAGACAAACUAAAUGGUUUUACCUAAAAUUAGACAUAUCAUAAAACUAUUUAAUUACCUUUACCGAAACAAAAGAAUUCAACAGUCAAAGUGCAUUGAUUGUGAUAUGUAAUGGAUAUUCACAACCAAGAUUCUUCAUAUGCAAACGGUUAGAUUUUGCUUUUAUUUUCUUUGUGUAGUGUCACUUGCUUGGUAUGGAAAUUUGUAGUUUGACACAGAUAAUGAAGCAUUUAAUGCACAGGAAAGAUACUUUGUGACUAAGCAAUACAUGCAGUUGAAAACAUUAAGCAUUUAGGAUUUUCAGGAAUAUGUUAUUUUUUAUAUAGAUUGGUCUACGUGUUAGUAUAUUUUGUCAAUUAUUUUGGCUGAACACUAGCUUUAAAGGGAAUAUGUCAGCAGUUUUGACAGUGCUAUUCUGAUGACAGUACUAAGUAGGGACUGGGGAGGGCAGGACAAACAUACCUUUUGUGAAUCUUUUAGCAUGAGUAGUGUGAAUAUGAAGUUUUAUUCUGCCAGUGUCUGCUCCUCACGCACAGUGGAGGUGGAGCUUCACUGUGAGGUGCUCUCUGCUUUCUGCAUUAAGCUGUUUCACAUCCUCUCACUUACAGCUGCAGUGGGCUCCUGGUUGGAUAUUACAGCUGUCAAAAAGUCCAGAUUCUCACUACUUUUGAUAACAAAGGCUCUACAAAAAGCAUGUUUGUGUGCUUUUAGCAGUUUAGCACGGUCAAAUUGGCAUGACACCGAACUGUAACAUUCCCAGAAAAUCCCCAAAUUAUUCUACCCCUGUAGUCCUGGGCUCAAAGGGAACCUGUCACGCUGAGCAUGCAGUCUAAUCUGCAGGCAUCAUGUUAUAGCAGGAGAUACUGAGCAGACUGAUAUAUAGUUUUGCUGGAAAAGGUUCUGUAUUUAUUUUUUUAACUAAAACUCUGCACGUUCUGGGCUUUUCCCACACAUUUAUAUCACUUUGUCCCUAUAACACUGUUUUUAGACUGGUCCACUAUAAAGACAAUAUUUGAGUAUACAUGUAGAAAUUCCUAUACUUGAGAACAUUAUAUUAACCAAAAAUAACAUUAUUUUUUUUUUUUUUAGAUUUUUAGACAUUAACCAUAAAGCACCUUUUUUUCUGAAAUAAAAAUAUGUUUAUGCCAGCAUAUAUUUAGUAGAGACAAAUUCCAGAUGGCUGAAAUUCAUACAAGUUAAAAGCUUAUUGUACAGUGCCAAGGAUAUUAAGAUUUUAGUAUGGAUUUUUUAUUUUUUAUUUUUUUCUGGUUUGAAUAAAAAAAAAAUGGACAAAUAAAUUACCAAAUUCAUCUUCAAACAUAUGGCCAGAAAUGUGGAUAGUUUGUUGUACAACUUCUUUUUGAAUGAGGGGAAAAAUAAAAUAUAAUUACAUUUUUCGGGUAAGGUAAAUGAAGUAACUACUAUAAAAAAAAAUCAAUAUAACAUAGCCAUUUGAUGUUUUACAUUUAAGUUAUAAUAGAAACACCUGAUUUUGCACUUUUGUCUGUUGUUUUUCUUAUGUUUGUUAUGAUUUCACUUUAGUCCUUGCAAAUAUUGCAUUCAUAUCUUGAGAACACUACUCACUGCUAAUAGUGCAUGCUUAUUAUACAAGCAAAAAUACAAAAAAAAGCAAAAAUAAUUACUCAAAAAAAGUUGCAGUUGGGUACUGGGGGAAAAAAGUAAAUCCUUUUUUUGCCUUGCUUAGGUUCUGGAAUAAAAAAAUAAAAAUAUAUCUCAGUACACGGGGUUCAUGUUUUUGGGUUAUACAGAUUUAAUUAAAGGGAUUGAAGCUUUUUUUUUUCUUUGAAACUUUAUAGUGUGUUUUGUGCACCAAUGUAAGAUUAAGCACGUAUACUGUGAUAAUUGUUUGUGGUUCACGUUCAAAUGACAUCAUCACAAUAUAAAUGGAAACUCUGAGGUUUAUUGAUGACAUAUGAUACUGUACAUAUAAUGUAUUAUCUAUUUUCUUUGUCAAUCGGCACUUUUAUUUUUUUGCUUUCAUGCUUAUAAAAAUAAAAAUUAAAAAAAAAGAAA